CAAGACGCCAGUGUCAAAAUGUAAACAAAUCCACGUGAAUUUUCUCUCUGAACUUUCCUGCUAUUUCUACACAAUUCCGCCGGUGAUAAUGGAUAUCAACGAUGUGUUUGACAACAUCGCUCUGGCGGAGGACAAACUGACGCAGCAAGGAUACGAAGAGGGCUUCGCGAAGGGCGCGGCGGCGGGAAACACGGAAGCGUAUCACUUGGGCUAUCACAGAGGCGCCGAGUUCGGGGCGGAGCUGGGAUACUACACGGCAGUCGAGGAGAUAUCCAGGAGUGACUGCAAAGGACAGAAGUCCGAACAUGCUCUGGAUGUGCUGAGAGAAAUGCUGGAGAAAUUCCCCAAAUCCAAUGAUGCAACAGUGGAUUUUGUGGAAGAGAUGCUGAAGAUUCGUGCUCAAUUCCGGAAAGUUUGUGUUCUGCUAAAGAUCAAGAACGCCUUCAGCACCGAGAGCAAGCUGAGCUUCUAAAGGAAUGUUUAGGAACUACAAGGACAUAAUAUAAUUUCCAAUUAAAACGAGCCAAACAAUCAGUGUAGGUAAGUAAUUGCCCACAAUGUGCUUUAGAGUCAUUAGAGCCAAUAAAGCGCUGAUAUUGCAACAAAA